GGGGACCCAGUAACCACCAGCCCUAAGUGAUCCGCUACAAUCAAAAACCAUCAGCAAGCAGGAAGGUACUCUUCUCAGUGGGCCUGGCUCCCCAGCUAAGACCUCAGGGACUUGAGGUAGGAUAUAGCCUCCUCUCUUACGUGAAACUUUUGCUAUCCUCAACCCAGCCUAUCUUCCAGGUUAUUGUUUCAACAUGGCCCUGUGGAUGCGCUUCCUGCCCCUGCUGGCCCUGCUCUUCCUCUGGGAGUCCCACCCCACCCAGGCUUUUGUCAAGCAGCACCUUUGUGGUUCCCACCUGGUGGAGGCUCUCUACCUGGUGUGUGGGGAGCGUGGCUUCUUCUACACACCCAUGUCCCGCCGUGAAGUGGAGGACCCACAAGUGGCACAACUGGAGCUGGGUGGAGGCCCGGGAGCAGGUGACCUUCAGACCUUGGCACUGGAGGUGGCCCAGCAGAAGCGUGGCAUUGUAGAUCAGUGCUGCACCAGCAUCUGCUCCCUCUACCAGCUGGAGAACUACUGCAACUAGACCCACCACUACCCAGCCUACCCCUCUGCAAUGAAUAAAACCUUUGAAUGAGCACAA